AAAAAGAACAGAAAAAAACCGUUCGCUCAAAAAAAACAUUUUACCCUAGCUUCUCGCCCCUGCCUCCGCCCCAUCCCUCCUCCCCCAUUUCCUUCCGGCCGCUCGCCGAUCGCCAUCGGAAGUCCACACCGCUCGACAUCGAAGAUCGGGUUCUUUAGAACCCUCCUCGCCCCGGGCCGCGCACCGCUCGCCAUCGGAACGCCCCGCGAGGCCGAGCAUCGGAAGUUCGGAACCACCCCGGCCGCGCGCCGCUCGCCACCGGAACCCCCGCGAGGCCGAGCGCUGAAAGCCUUACAGGAAAGAAAGAAUCAAUCCUUCAAGUUCUGACCAUCGGAAGUUUGGAACCACCCCGGCCGCGCGCCGCUCGCCACCGGAACCCCCGCGAGGCCGAGCGCUGAAAGCCUUACAGGAAAGAAAGAAUCAAUCCUUCAAGUUCUGACCAUCGGAAGUUUGGAACCACCCCGGCCGCGCGCCGCUGGCCAUCGGAAACCCCCGCGUGGCCGGGCACCACUCCCAGUCUGCUUCCGAGUUCCGCUGUUCCGCUGCCGCACGCCCACUUCAUCUGUUCUUACUUAUACUCGAACCAAACGAAGCUUGGGUCUGGUCGGGAUCUAAUCCCGUGCUACUGAUACAUUUAUCAUUACUGGGCCGGACCUAAACGCACCACGCCACUUCUCUACCGUUCCACUGUCGAGGCCUAGGAUCCUCCGCUGCUCCCAUCCCUUCCCGGGCCGUCGCCGGCAUCGCCAUCGCCGCGGUAAGAGCAGCGCCUUGGUCGCCUUCGUUCCCAAACAACGCCGAAAUCUACAUUGCCCGCUCAUUGUACACGAGAGAUCAUCGUUGUGGUAUUGAGAAGGGAGGGGAAAAACACAAAAAAAAGGAAAAAAAAAAAGAGGGCUAAUUAGCCCUAAAAAUUUCUAGCAAUGUCGAAAGUUAGGGACCGAACUGAAGAUUUUAGGGAUGCUGUUCGUGUUGCAGCUCUCUCCCAUGGCUACACUGAGUCUCAAUUGGCUGCGUUAAUGGCGUCUUUCAUCAUGCACAAGGCACCUCGGCAGUCGGCGUUCAUGAAAGCUGCCCUGAAGACGCUCGAAAGCAUUAAGGAAUUGGAGCGUUUUAUUGUGAAGCAUCGGAAAGAUUAUGUGGAUUUGCAUCGAACCACUGAGCAAGAAAGGGACAAUAUUGAGCAUGAAGUUGCUGUUUUCGUGAAAGUGUGCAAGGAUCAGAUCGAUAUUCUCAAGAAUAGAAUCCAUGACGAAGAAACGGAGGGAAGCGGAAGGACGUGGCUUCAAUUUCGGGAUGAUGCUUCUCAUGCUGAUAUGGUGGCUCAUAAGCAUGGUGUGGUUUUAAUUCUGAGCGAGAAGCUCCAUUCAGUCACUGCACAAUUUGAUCAACUCAGAUCUGUACGGUUUCAAGAUGCUAUGAAUAGAGUAAUGCCAAGAAGAAAGGUACAUAGAUUGCCUCAGCCAAAAUCUGAAGCCUCUAAAUCUGAUCUUCCUAAGCUUGGAGAGCAAGAGUUAUCUUCAGGAACCAUAAGAGUCCAGGAGCAACUUCUCGAUGAUGAAACACGAGCUCUUCAGGUAGAGUUGACGAACCUCCUCGAUGCUGUACAAGAAACAGAAACUAAGAUGGUGGAAAUGUCAGCUCUGAAUCAUCUCAUGUCAACACAUGUCCUUCAACAAGCUCAACAGAUUGAGCAUUUGUAUGAGCAGGCUGUUGAAGCUACGAACAAUGUCGUUCUAGGAAACAAGGAGCUAUCGCAGGCAAUCAAGCGCAAUAGCAGCAGCAGAACUUUUCUUUUGCUUUUCUUUGUCGUCCUUACUUUCUCCAUCCUGUUCCUUGACUGGUAUAGCUGAAUUUGGAUGAUGCAAGCUUCCCCCUCUAAUCUUUUUCUAAUGAUCGCAUGGCGUAGCAAUGUAAAGAGGUUCAGGGAUCUAUCUGAAAGAGUGUAAUUCCGUUUUUGACAAAAGUUGAUGGGUAACCAUUCUUAAAUAUUUGCGAGGUGGCUUGUAAUACGCAAUAAUUUUAGAGUAUAUACGCUUGUGUGUCAUUCAUUUUGAAAUCAGAUAUGACAGUCCUUUUUGCUUUCUCUCUCUGUCAGCGAAGCUGUAGGCGUCAGAACUAAUGUCAUUAAGAGGUCAUUUGGUUUUCUUGUUGCCUUUGUUUGUGACA